GAUUAGUUUGUAGUUUGGAUAUGAUCAAAUUGCAUGGCUUGUCGAUCUAUACAGAUCUUUAUACCAAAUACAGAGCCUUAUAUAGGGUUCGACCCUUGUUUUUUCUUCACAAUUUUCUUGAUUUGUCCUCGCCUGUUUUAGGGAAUCAGUGUGAAUUAAGGUUAAAUCGUAAGUAAACAAUGGAAGCUGCACCCAAGAGAGUUUUGACCCCAGCCUUGCCCAAGGAGAUAAUCAGUUCUGAGGGUGGGCGUUAUCAAGUAUGGCUGAGCUCAGAUUUGAGUCUGCUGUCUGAAGGAAGAAUUGGAGCAGCCAAACUCAUUCUCAACUACCUCGGCUUUUCCUUGCCAAAGUACUCGGACUCUUCUAAGGUCUGUUAUGUGCUUGGAGGAUCAGGAAUUUGUGGCAUAGUUCUGCCUGAGGCAGACUCAGAACGGGUGGUCAAGGUUAAGAGAGGAGAUGCUAUUGCAGUUCCCUUUGGAGUGGUGAGCUGGUGGUUUAAUGACAACUCCUCAGAGGAGCUGGAGGUCCUCUUCCUUGGGGAUACAUCAAAAGCCCACCGAACAGGGGAGUUCACGGAUUUUGAUCUCAUUGGUGGCUCAAAUGGGAUGUACCGUGGAUUUAGCAAAAGAUUUAUGUGCAGAGCGUGGGAUCUGAAUGAAAGUGAGCUCAACCGUGUUAUGAGUAGCCAAUCUGGAAGUGGAAUUGUUAAAUUAGAGGAAGGAACAAGCAUGCCCACCCCUGAAGCCGAAGCAGGGGACAAUCUAACACUGGUUUUCAAUUGUGAGGAAGCCAAACCGGACAUUGAUAUUGACAAUGGAGGCCGUGUAGUGGUGCUCACUAGUAAUUAUUUGCCAAUCUUGAAGGAAUUAGGGUUGGGAGCAGACCUUGUUAAAAUCGAUAAGUAUGCAAUGUGUUCACCUGGGCAUUCAUCGGAUUCAGCAUUCCAAGUGACAUAUAUAAUUAAAGGCAGCGGAAGGGUUGAGGUUGUGGGCAUGGAUGGGGAGAAGGUGCUGGAGUUUGAUUUACAGGCUGGUUAUCUGUUCAUUGUUCCCCGAUUCUAUAUUGUUUCCAAGAUUGCUGGAGAUGAAGGGAUGCAAUGGUUCUCUAUCAUUACUACACCCGAUCCCGUGUUUCUUAAUCAUGCAGGUAAGACUGGUGUGUUGAAGGCCCUAUCAAAGGAGAUUUUUGCAGCCACCUUCAAUGUAGAUGAGGAGACUGAGGCUCUGUUUCGCUCUAAACGAACCCAGGAUGCUGUUUUUUUCCCUCCCACCAAAAAUGAGUGACAUUUUGGGGGCAUUGUAGGCCCUCAAUAUGAUAUGCAUUUCCAUUGGUUUGGAUCUUGUUUUUAAUUUGUAAGAAUCCUCCAUUUUCCUGUUCCGACAUCCCAUAAUUUGGACCUUGUGUGCUUUUCUAUUCUGAAUCUCCCAAAUUCUUGUUUUGGUUGAUAUUCCAUAAUGGAAGACAAUAAAUGACUGUAUGAUUUAAUUGGAUAGAGUUUUGAUGCUCUUUGGUC